AAUAAUUGCUAAUAAUAUCCUCACCUAUCUUAUCCAAUAAUGCAAGUAGUUUAGAGAUAAGACCUGGCUACAAUACAGUACUCAGUAUUCAUCUCACAGUAUAGCUAAACUCAGAUGGCGGAAAUGGCUGUGUCUCUUGCUGUUGAUCAACUGCUUCCACUACUACGGGAAGAAGCCAAUCUGCUCAAAGGCAUUCACAAAGAAUUUGCUGACAUAAAAGAUGAACUUGAAAGCAUCCAAGCCUUUCUUAAGGACGCAGAUAGAAGGGCUGUGGCAGAAGGAGAAAACACAGAUGAAGGAGUCAAAACAUGGGUGAAGCAGGUGAGAGAAGCAGCUUUUCGCAUAGAAGAUAUCAUUGAAGAAUAUCUGAUCUACACGGGAAAGAAGCCUCAUGAUCCCGGAUGUGUAGUCUCACUCAACAAGAUUGCUCACCUGAUCAAAACUCUGAUUCCUCGUCACCGAAUAGCAUCUGAGAUUCGGGAUAUUAAGUCACAUGUUCGAGGAAUCAGAGAAAGAAGUGAAACAUAUUCUUUUGAACGAGGAUCAAGUAGUUCUGGAGGAAGCCAAAAUGUCCAAUGGCAUGACCCUCGAAUGGCUUCCCUUUUUGUUGAGGACGCUGAACUUGUGGGCUUUGAAGAACAAAGAGAUAAAUUGAUUGGUUUGUUAGUAGAAGGUCCAAAAGAACGCACUGUCAUCUCUGUGGUAGGAAUGGGAGGACAGGGUAAGACCACUCUUGCCAACAGGGUUUUCAACAACCAGAAGGUGAUUCGCCACUUCCAUUUUCAUGCAUGGAUCACAGUGUCUCAUUCCUACAGGGUGGAAGGGUUGCUGAGGGACAUGCUGCAAAAGUUUGGCAAAGAAAAAAAGGAAACUCUUGAAAUGGAUCAUAAGACAUUGAUUGAAGAAGUGAGAAACUGCUUGCAACAGAAGAGGUAUGUUGUCGUGUUUGAUGAUGUAUGGAAUCCACAUUUUUGGGAUGUUAUUCAAUUAGCUGUAGUUGAUAAUAAAGAAGGAAGUAGGAUACUUAUCACAACUAGGAGAGAAGAUGUUGCAAUGUCCUGUAAGAAAUCUUCUUCUGUUCAUGUUCAUGUGCACAAGUUGGAACCUUUAUCUGAUGAAAAAUCUUUGGAACUAUUCAAUAAGAAGACAUUUCCUGAUUUCAAUGGACGUUGUCCAGAUGAUUUGGUGGAAAUAUCUUGUGAAAUCGUUAAAAAAUGUAAGGGCUUGCCACUAGCAAUUGUGUGCAUCGGUGGUCUUUUAUGUUCCAAAGGAAUAACUACUGCACUUGAAUGGAAAAGGUUUAGUAAUAAUUUAAGUUCAGAAUUGGGGAAGAAUUCCAGUAUAUCUAAAAUUUUAGGUUUUAGUUAUGAUGAUUUGCCCGACUAUCUUAAGCCAUGCUUGCUGUAUUUCGGGAUGUAUCCUGAAGACUAUGCAGUUAAACCGAAAAGACUCAUUCGACAGUGGAUAGCUGAAGGGUUUGUAAAAUAUGAAAAGGGGAAAACCUUGGAAGAAGUUGGACAACAUUAUUUAACAGAGUUGGUUGGUAGAAGUUUGGUGCAAGUACGUUCAUUUACCAUUGAUGGAAAAGUUGGUGCUUGUCAAGCUCAUGACUUGACGCGGGAGAUGAUCCUUGAAAAAUGUAAGUAUUUAAGAUUUUGUGAGUAUAUUGGUGAAGACAGUGAGCUAGUGUCAAGUGGAGGGAUAACUCGGCGCCGAUCAAUAAAAACCACAUCUGAUGCUUCCAUGGAAAAUACUGAGGGCUCACAUGUUCGGACACUGUUUUUCUUCUUACAUGAUAUUAUGCCUACUUUCUCAACCUGUGUGGAGAAACUCCCCAAAAAAUACAAGCUAUUGAAGGUACUUCAUUUUGAAAAUGCUUACAAUUUGUUGUCCUUUCCCAAAAGUUUGGGAGAUUUAAUCCACCUGAGGUAUUUAAGCCUCGAGUAUUUAACCAUUGGAAAUCUUCCAAAAUCCAUUGGUAACCUCCAGAACCUAGAGACCUUGAAUAUAAUUGGUACAUACAUCAGAAUCAUGCCAAAGGAAAUCUACAAGCUUAGAAAGCUAAGAUAUCUUUCGGGAACCCAGCUGAAAUUGAUUCAAACGAAGGAUGGUAUUGGAGGAAUGACUUCCCUCCAAACGCUGAAGAAGGUGAGAAUAACCGAUGAUGAUGGAGUUGAGCUAAUUAGAGAGCUAGAAAAGCUUACGCAGUUAAGGAGCCUAGGCUUGACUGGUAUUGUACCAAAACAUGAAAGAGCUCUAUGUUCCUCACUAAAGCAGAUGCAACAGUUGGAGAAACUAUUUAUUGAUUGUCAUUCGUUUGAUGAUGUUAUUGAUUUGAGUUUGGUUUCAUCCCCUCCUAAGUUUGUUUCGAAGCUUUCCAUUGAAUUGAAGUUGACUAAGUUACCAGAAUGGGUUCAAGAGCUGCAAAAUCUUGCAAAAUUAACCUUGCGUUGCUGCAAGUUAACUGAAGAUCCCCUGAAAUCAUUACAAAAUCUUCCAAAUUUGAUGUACCUUAAUAUUGAUUACGAAGCUUAUGUAGGUGAAAGUUUGCAUUUUCAAGGAGGGUUUCAGAACCUAAAGGAACUAAUCCUAGGUCGUUUAACUGACUUGAAUUCCAUUGUCAUGGAGAAAGGAGCAAUGAGUUCUUUGGAAAGGCUAACCUUUUAUGGUCUUCCCUUACUCAAGACCGUACCCCUUGGCAUUCACAAUUUAGAGAAACUUCAAGUUUUCCAAGUGAGGGGGAACAUGUCUGUUCAAUUUUCGGACAGCAUUGCUCCUGAUGGAGGACAAGAUCGCUGGAUCAUACAGCAUGUGCCCUAUGUAAGCAUUGAUGCGCUCAGGUGAUGGAAAUCAAACCUUAGAAAUAACUGCAUUAUGAUAUUCUUGGUAUUGUGUACUAUUUGCUCAUAAGGACAAUGUAACCUUUAUCUAAUUCUUAAAAUCAUUUCUCCAUUUUCGAGUUUCUUUUUUCUUCUAGUGCAUGGUCAAGUUUUGCAAACUUUUAGAGAAAGUUUUUAUAGAGAAAAGAAAAAAAAAA